GUCGAAAUGUAGCUCAUGUGAGUGGGAAAAUACAAGCUGCAAUACUUGAGGUGGAGGGGUGGGCAAGUAAGUGGGGGUUUAGAUUGUCAGUGGCAAAAACACAAGUAAUCUGCUUUUCAAGACGGCAUAAAAUUACUCCACUCUCACUAAAACUGUAUGGACAACAUCUGGAACAGGUUAAAGUCAUCAAAUUUCUUGGGGUCUGGUUUGAUGAGAAGCUUACAUGGAGCACUCACAUAGGGAAAGUUGUGAGUAAAAGUAAGAGGGUCGUGAAUGUUCUUCGGUGUUUGGCAGGACAGGAGUGGGGAGCAAGUAGAUCGUCUCUACAAAAUAUAUACUGGGCACUCAUGAGAUCAAUAUUUGAUUAUGGGUGUAUAGCGUAUAUGUCGGCAGCAGAGUCAAAUCUGAAGAAGCUGGAUGUUCUGCAAGCUCAGGCCCUAAGAAUCUGCAGCGGAGCUUUUGAAACAUUUCCAGUGUCAGUGAUGCAGGUGGAAAUUGGAGAGUUGCCUCUGCGAAUUAGAAGAGUUAAGCUAAUGUUGGCAUACUGGGUCAAUCUGCAGGGGCAUGGUGAUGAACAUCCUGCCAAGAAUAUCUUAGCAGACUGCUGGGAACACAAUGAGACUAAUUUCAGGAGUUUUGGUUGGAUUGGUGACGUGAAAGCACGAAUCAUAGGACUGAGUAAAUUGCAGUACAGCCCCACAGUCCCAAUCUCUUCCAUUCCUCCUUGGUUAUUUCCUUUGCCAAAUGUAGACCUCAAAAUACAGCAAGAAUUGAAGGAAAAGUCAGGGAAACAUCCUAUAUGGCAUAUAGUCCAGAAUUAUUUUGACCAGUAUUUCUCAGAUUCAGUGUUUAUUUUUACAGAUGGAUCCAAAGAUCCAGACACAGGCUGUGCAGGAGCAGCAGUAUAUAUUCCGUCCAGUUGGUGGCGGUAAUGCACCAUGAGUUGGUUUGCCAACCGCCAAUAAACCCCACAGAAGAAGAAGAAGAAGAAGACGCGAUGACCAGCACAGGAGAGUGGAAUGACAGACAGAAAAAGGAGCGUGGUGUGGUGUUAUUUUUCGCCACUCGAUAAAGUCACGGCAAAAUGUACAAUAUGUGAUAAGAAGGUUGCACACAGCAGCAACACCAGCAACCUAUUUAAACAUUUAAAAAGUACACACCCCGAAAGUCACAAUGAGCUUGAAAAACGACAAGAGGAAGCAGAGAAAGACAGGUCUGCUGCUGCUGCACCACCCGCUGUCCGGCAAAAGAGAGUUUCCAGAAAGGAAAAGUAUAUCCAGCUGAGUCCCAAAGAGCCCAAGAGAUCACAAGGAGCCUCUCCCAGAUGAUCGUGAAAGACUUGCAACCAGUUUCAAUGGUUGAGGAUCAAGGUUUCCAUCAUUUUAUGAAAGUGGUGGAUCCCCGUUACCAGUUCCCAAGUCGGAAAUCCCUGAUGACAGGUGAAAUUCCCAAACUAUAUGAACAAGUAAAAAAAAACAUUGAAAGACUCCAUACAAUCAGCAGGCAGCCUGGUUUUUACAAGUGAUAUGUGGACUGCAAGAACCACUGAAGCUUAUUUGACUGUGACAGGACACUUUAUUGAUAAGGACUGGCAUAUGCAGUCCUGCAAUCUUGCAACAUACCAUGUAGCUGUACAGCACAGAGCAGACAAUAUUUCUGAACUCCUCACAAAAAUAACUGAUGAGUGGAGCAUCAGCAGCAAGAUCCACGCUGUCAUUACAGACAAUGGCGCAAAUAUGGUUUCAGCUGUGUGGAAAACUUGCUGGAAACACAUUCUGUGCUUUUCACACACACUCAACCUCAUUGUGAAGCACUCCAUUAAGGCUGACACAAGUCUUGAGUCCAUCUUGGAGAAGUGUGGUGCUAUUGUUCGGUUCUUCCAUCACAGCACCAAAGCAACUGACAAACUAAAAGAAGUACAAAGUCAGUUGCGAUUCCCACAGCACAGACUAAUCCAAGCAGUGGAUACGCGAUGGAAUUCAGUAUUGUACAUGCUAGAACGACUGCAUGAACAACAAGCUGUCACAACAGCACUUUGUCUUCUUGGGAGAACCACCCUGUGCCUGAAUGAGGGAGAAUGGUCCCACAUUAGCCAAGCCAUUGAAGCCCUUACGCCUUUUGAAGAGGCCACGAAGGAGGUUUCAGCAGAGCACUACGUAACCAUUUCCAAAGUCAUUCCUCUGGUUUCUCUUCUCCAACGAGCAACCUCAUCUGCUGGGCAGAGGGGUAACUCUCUGGCUUCACAGCUUUCAGCACAAUGCAAGUGGCGCUUUCAAAACAUUGAGCACAACCACACUCUUGCAGCCAGCACUUUUUUGGACAUUCAAUUCAAAGACAUUGUCUUCUGUGAUACUGGAAAUGUGGAAAUGAUCAAAUCGAGGAUAAUCAGUGAGAUGCAAGCCCUGGGCAGCUGUGAGUGUCAGGCAACCAGCAGUGAAGCCUCUGCUACUGCAUCAACCAUCUCCAUGACAGCAACCAUGUCAUUGACACAAGGGUCACCUGCUGCAAACACUGAAAGUAGUGAUGCAAAGUCUUCAACAUCCAAGGGAGGAUUAUGGCAGGAGUUUGACACUCGUGUUAUGGCUUCUCAGAGCAGUCACACAGCAAACACAGAUGCAUACACUGAAAUGCGCAGAUACAUGGAAGAAAAAGUGAUACAGAGGAGCGAGGACCCUUUGCUUUGGUGGGAGAAACAUGAGAAUGCAUUUCCACUGCUGGGCAAAGUAGCAAAAAGAUACCUUGGAACUGUUGCAACCUCUGUUCCAGCAGAGAGGCUGUUUUCCAAGGCAGGAGAGACAAUUAGCCAGAAGCGUAAUUGGCUUAAAGCUGAAAAUGUUAACAUGUUACUGUUCCUCAACACAACCUAAAACUUGAGUAAAAUGUAGAGCUAUACCUCCUGAGAGGCAUGAUAGUAUAGGAAAGUGUUUAUUUUUUCCGCUAACUGUGCCAUUACUUAUUAAAUGUGCUUUGCAAAGUGCAAGUUGUUAUUUCAAAUGAUACUUUGCUUUUUCGUGUAAGCCUAAGACAACAAAAUGUUUUUUAAGUCUGUCUCUUGUUUCUGCUCCACUUCAGUGAGAAGGUAUGGAUCACAGUGUUACAGACAUGUUUACUGAGUUUAAUGAGUUUGUUGGUAGUUUUCACCUACCUUACAUCUAAGUAAUUGUUACAGACCUGGUGUUUGGAUUUGUGCCUGUGGUCAAAAGGCCAAUUUGGUGCUUUAAUAAUCAAAGUGAAGUAACUUACAUGUUAAGGUCUCUCUGUAUAGAACGCCCUCUUUUGUUCUUAAUAAAUGUGUUUAAAA